AAAUUUCCCAGGAUUUGGUACUUCCUUGCUGGUGGAGAAUAGGCAGAGACAUGUUAAAUGCAGUUGACAGCAACACCCACUUAUUUUAUCCAUAUUUAAUAGGUAUUCAUUAUGCGCCUACUACAGGCCUAGAACAGUCUGGGCACUGGAGGAAAAGCAAGAAAACUCGACCCUUGUCUCAAUGAGCUUGUCCAAAAAAUGAGGCAACAUGGCCAGAACAUAUCAACUGGAGCCUCAGAUGGGUCAAAUCAAACUACGUUAAAGAAAUCAAGGUGGCUGUGGUAAACCACCACUGUACCAGUCUAUGAAGUUAAAGGGUACCCCUAAAUCUUCCUAUUUGCCUGGGGAGAAAGUACUUUAUGAAUGUAAACCAGGAUACUAUUAUUCCUUUAAUUACACCCUCAAUACCUUUUGUCAGAAAAAUAGCACGUGGUUCCCUAUGGUUGAAGCAUGUUACGAAAAAGCAUGUCCAACUCCACAUGUGCAAAGAGGUAAAGUAGACGACCCACAAAUGGGCUUUGAAUUGGGUAAAGAAGUUCACUUUUAUUGCGAUUACGGUUUUUAUUUAAAAGGUGAACCAAUUCUAACUUGUAAACUUUCUGGAGACAAGGUGCUUUGGGACCAUGAUAUACCAACAUGUGAAAAGAUUUUUUGUAAAGCACCUGGAAAAAUAAGUAAUGGAAAAUACACGAGUAACUGGAAGGAAGAAUUUGAAUUUAAUGAAGUAGUGACUUAUACUUGUAAUCCCUCAAAUGGACCUCAGGAGUAUUCACUUGUUGGAGAGAGCAAGCUUACUUGUUCUGGGCCUAAAAAAUGGAGCAGUGACCCUCCUCAAUGUAAAGUGGUCCACUGUAAACCACCAGUACUCAAACAUGGAAAGCCAGUAUCAGAAAUGAAAAAAAGGUUUUCCUACCAAGAUAAGGUUACCUUUGCAUGCCUGGAAGGUUUCUACCUCAGUGGCAGCAACCCAGUGUUCUGUGGUGGAAGCAGUACUUGGGAGCCUGUGAUGCCCAAGUGUAUUAAAGGCUAUCUCAACUUUCAUCAAUUAUCAUCAGCUGAAGAGAUUGUGGAAUUAGUUGUUGGCGUUGCAGUAAUUUUAGUCGCUGUGUACAAGUGCCUUCACAGAGGGAAGGAAGAGUGA